UGGCUUUAACAAAUAUAUCUGUGACUGUGUUCUUGGCUGGCUGAAGAAAUGGCUUCAACACAUGGGUACAGUGGUGAGAGAUAAGGAGGAAAUUCAGUGCGCAAAACCAACAAACUUUGCCAACAAAUCAAUCUUGAAUGUGGACAUUGAAUCAAUUCCUUGUGCAAACAGUUUUAUCACCUGCUUGACAGACCCAGUGAAAUCAGAAGACACCUACCUUCUUUACAGCUAUUUUGAUCCUGAUGUUCAAACUAAAGAAACUUGCAAUUCAUUGUGUUACAUUCAGAGGCAGUCCCACUACAGCUUGGAUCCUGAAAGCCGCUGUCUCUGUGGUUCCUUGUCUAGGAGGGUGCAUUCAUUAGCUGAGGCAACAGAAUGUGCAAAAGUAUGCUCUAAUGCAGUGCAGACACAGGUCUGCAACAGAACUAUCAUUCACAUGGUGUCUCCUGUUCAGGUAUGUAAUACAUCUAUGGGAGUUAUUUAUAUGGAAUAUGUUUAUUGCUUUAUGAAUAUCAUACUUAAAAUUCAGCAGUAUUAUAGCCUCUUUCAACCAGCAAGACUAGUGGCUGAAACCUUGCUGCCUAACACAGUGUAUAUCUGGAACUUUGGAGAUGGGUCUGACCAGUUCAUCACUCAGGAUACAAGUGUUCUGUAUAAAUAUGCACUUCCCAGCACAUACAGGCUUAAUGUUACUGCCACUGCUGAUAAAAGAAGUCUAUCUUUGACCACUGAUGUGACCAUUGUUAUGCCAGUCAGUGAAGUGGAACUUGACUGCCCCCAUGUGUUAGAAAUUGGACAUAAUAUUGACAUAUGGAUCCAGGCAAGAACAGGAACACACCUGUCUUCCAUCUGGAAGGUGGGUACCACAGAUGGAACAGUAACCCUGGUUUACACCACUUUAUUUUUGGUUAUUGGUACUUUGAGUGGCGAGGAGAUGGAGACGCAACCACUUCCUGAUCCCAGAGGGCAGGAUGAACUGGGCCAAUCACGGAAAUUGAUUGGCCAGCUUACUGAAUUGAUAGAUUUACUUACCCCACUCAGCCAAUCCCUGGUGGGGAUUUACGGAAACCUAGCUCAGCGUCAUAAGCCAGGAACCGAAGGGUUAUUUAUACAGGACGAAAAUCCAAGGGAGCUUAUUGGCUUAGUACAAGGCGUUGGCGACCCUGGAGAGGAAAAUGGUGAAAACUUUAAUCCAGCUACUACUCUGAACAUCUUUAAAGUGGGCAAAAAUGGAGUUAGUUCCAAUAAGAGCAGACAUACUGGGCAGAGAUCAAAGGCACCAGACGCUAGAGCUAUGGCGACAGAUGAAUCAUCAUGCCCCCGAGGGGGUCAUAUUCAUUUAUCAAAUCUGAACUGCUAUUGGUUAAACCCAGUUCAUGAGUCAUGGCAAAAUGCCAGACGAAUAUGCCGUCAGACAUCAGGAGCAGAUCUGGCAAGGGUGAAAAACCAAGAUGUUCAGAAUUUUAUCUAUGGAGUUUUCUCCAUGAGUGAACCCGUUUGGAUAGGAUUGAGUGAUAUUGACUCUCCAGGCAGGUUCCAUUGGGUUGAUGGUAGCCCAGCGCAGAACUUGCAGGACCAAAAAGCCUGGGAAAAACCUGAACAUAAUUGUGUCUAUAUGGACUCCAGCAGAGAGAGGAGGGGUACAGCAUGCAGCAAAAAGACAGCUUUUAUUUGUGAGAAACCAACUGAAGCCAAUUUGCCAAAUGUGGAUGUCUAUGUAGCAGGGCUACCUAUAUUCACAGGUGUGUACAAUGUAAAAAAUGUCAGCAUCUUCGGCAACAUUCAGACACCUGUCCUUGGAGCAAACACUGAGCUAAUUCUGUUUCCAGGACUCUGGUUCAGCCAUUCUGGUUUUGUGCUUUCUGCUGAAUUUGUGAUGCAAGAAACUCAGAAAUCAGUAUGGACUCAGAUUUUGAUACUCCGUCCAUACUGCAAUCCCAAUUUUCACCUGAUUCCUCCUGGUUGUGAAACCCUACACACUCCUUUUGCAGUGUGUCACAGCCAGCCGCUCUGUAACAUGACAGGUGGCUGCCCAGCUGGACAGCAGUGGUGCCACCUAAAGGAGAGCUGUUUGCCUGUCAUUAGCCCCUGCAGUGCCUAUGCCUUUGAGAAUGAAACAUCCAACAUCACGAUACCACCUCGCUACAAGGAAAUGCCACCAUUCUACUCGCAGGUGGCUGCAAUUCCUCUUGUUCUAGAACCAGCGACAGAGAAGACCCACGUACAUGUACUUCUGUCUGGAAUGGAUAUUUCUGUCUAUCCUGAUGAUAUUAUAGCGGUCCAGCAUGAUGGAAGACCUGGAUCACUGAUUCACUGCCAGCAAAGCACAAGUUCUCCUUGGAGGCAAAGUUUUGCCAGCCUUUUUGGGGUAAGCUGGUGGGCAGCUGGGAUUUCACAGCCUUUCCAGCCAACCUGGGUGGACAAUGUCAUUUGCAACCUUCGCUUUAUAUACACUGAUGAUAUGCAUAACUUUGCAGUUACCCCCCUGCUCAGUCACAAACAGAACACUGCUGGUGAACACACGUACACUGUCACUGUGAAAAAUCCUGUCAGUUCUACUGCGACAAGCUGCAUUGUGGUCCUACAAACACAAAUUAGUGAGCUGCAGAUAAUUUACCCACAGCCAGAGAAUGGCAAAAUAAACCUUGCUGCAAACCAAGCAUCCCUAAUAGUCAUUAAAAUUGCUUCUGGAUCAAAUGCUACAUCUUCAUGGUCCUCUCCUAUAAGCCAGACUGGUGUUGUAUUCAGCUCAUCAUGCCCACUUGAUAUGCCACAAUCUGUGCCAGAGUGCAAUAGAAACACUGAAGACACCUGGUUUUCUUUUGUGCAUGUGAUGAUGGUAGAACCACUGUCAGAAGUCCUUACAAUUCAGGUGUCCAAUGAAGUCAGCUUUGAAGAGCUUAGUGCGCAUCUCCAGGUUUAUGAGGUCAUUAGUGGACUGCAUGUGGUCCCUGCAGGGCCAUGCCGACUAAUUGUUGAUAUGUCACAGAAGGUUGUGGCAGAGAACCCAGUAAGUUCAGAAACAGUGGAGACAGAGCUGAUGGUUGAUACCAGAAAACCCCUGGCAGAUCCUGAAUUCUUGGCACCUCUGCAAACAGUACCAACAAAUAUCUCACAAAUACUAGCUUUCAGAGUGAAGGUUGAUACAGCACUUGGCACUACAUUUAGGUGGAACUUUGGUGAUGGAAACUUAGAAGUAGAGCAUUACUUUCCUGCCGCAUAUGAUCCAAGGCAGCCAUAUCCAAAUCUAUUACUCAAACAGAUGCUUCUGAAAGAUGAAAUUACUCAUACUUACACAAGGCCUGGAGACUACACUGUUCAUGUUGCAGCCUUUAACACCUGGGAUAAGAUGGAGGUGAACAUUACAAUUAAUGUCCGCAGUUACUUGUCAGCCUUAAGAUUUGACCUGACUCCAUCUUUGCCUUUGGUUAAUGCAAGUGCUGAUUUUAUCGCUCAUUCUCAGCCUUCAUCCAAGGGAAUCACUUAUACGUGGUAUUUUGGUGAUGGUUCACCAGCUGAGAAGAUAACACUUCCUACAAUUCAACACAAGUUUGUAGCUAGGGGAUCCUAUAAUGUAACCUUGCUGGCCAACAACAGCAUAAGUGUCCUUACCUUCUCUCAGACUGUGGUAAUUGGAGAAGAUGUCACUGGUGUCGAAAUAACUUCAAGUGGUCCCAAUGAACUUGGCUCAGAAACAGUGGUUUUUGGAACAGUAAAAACUGGUUCCAAUAUUAGAUGGAACUUUGAUAUGGGUGAUGGGAUCACUUACACGGACUUAAGAAAUGGUUCUGUAACACACAAAUAUGAGCACAAAGGCAACUAUACUGUAGUAGUGACAGCUAAAAGUUCCAUAAAGUGCAUCCAACAAUCCAUCUCAAUAGAAGUGUUUCAAUUAAAAAUCCUACGUGUUAUACCAACUAAUUGUUGCAUAAGAGGUAUGCUGACACAGUUUAUGGUUGAAACUAAUAGACAUGUGGAAGAUGUCAAAUUUAUGUGGAACUUUGGAGACGAGAGUAAACCAGUAUUGGAAAAGGGAAAGUCUACCAGCACCAAGGCUUACUCCAGUCCUGGUAACUACCCUCUCAGUGUAACACUAUACAGUCAAUUUACUAGAGAUUCAUUUGAAGCAAAUAUCUGUGUUGAAGAGAAAAUUCUCUCAGUAAUGCUGAUACCAUCAAAGACUGCCUUUGAAACUGGUGAAAAGCUAGAUUCCUUGCUAUUGUUGAACCAAGACCUGAUAUACUCCAUCAUUAUACAUAUCACUGGGAUUUUGGAAUCAGAGAACCACCUUUAAUGUACCCAAGAAAUUACAUUUACAUAUGUGCAGAAGGGGGUCUAUCUGGUAAGUGUGUCUGUCCAAAACCGAGUAAGUGAAGAAAACAGUUCAUCUUUAAUCACAAUUGAGAGACCAAUUAAGACUCUCUCUCUCUUUCAUGAUGGUAACAAUACAGAAUUUCUAGUAGUUAACAGAACAUAUGGAUUCAGAGCAGAAGUAAAUUCUGCGACUAAUGUCAUUUUCAAAUGGGACUUUGGAGAUGGAAGUUCACCAAAAGAUGGAGAGAGCCCUGUUCACAGGUUUAAUAGUAGUGGAGGAUUUACUAUUAGAGUGCUUGGUGAAAACUUGGUAAGCAGUAAAGAGAAUGAUAUGCAUGUAGUUGUCUUGUUUCCUAUCACUGGAUUAAAUUUAAGUUCUGACUGCACAGUUUGCCAGGUUAUGGAGGAGGUCACAUUUAGAGCAACUGUUGCUACAGGAAGUGAUGUUCAUUAUUUAUGGUCAGCAUCUGAACUGCAGAAUUUCCAUGAAGAGAAAUCUGCUUUUGGCUAUGUUUUCAAUACUCCAGGUGUCUUCAUUGUCUCUGUUAUAGCCAGAAAUCCUGUCAGCCAGGAGAAACUUGAUCAUAGCGUCAUCAUCCUGGAGAAGAUAGAUGCCCUGAAGAUUGUUAGUGCUGAUUUGAUUAAAACAAAAUAUAUUGCCAUCAAGCAAGCCUUCACAUUAAAUGCUUUUAUUGCUCAAGGCUCAAAUGUAAGCUUUCAGUGGACUAUACUGCAAGGCUCAAGUGUUGUGUUUACAGAAGAGGGUCAUUCUGUUACUUUUCUACCAGAAUCUGCAGGUGAAUUAGUAAUAACUGUGACAGCAAAGAAUGCAUUAGGUAAAAUCUCUGACAGCAUCACAAUUGUGGUUGUCGAACCUGUUAAUGGAGUAAAAAUUUACGCAAGUGCAAACUGUGUAGCUGUUGGGAUCCCCAUCAACUUCACCAUUGCAGUGUCAUCUGGGUCACAUCUUAGAUACAUCUGGUACUUAGGGGCAGGUCAAGUUCCUUUAGAGACUAACUCUUCAACAUUGUCUUAUGUUUUUUAUGCCGCUGGAUUUAAGGUAAUCAGUGUAACAGUUACAAAUGCUCUUGGAUCAUUUAAUGGCUCAACUGAAAUGAAAAUACAAGAACUGAUAUCAGAAGUGAGUUUUUAUGUAUUCAAUACUACACAGCCAUUAUCUAUUCCAUCAAACACAUCAGUGCAAUUUCAUGGUCAGGUAGAAAAAGGAACUGACAUUUUGUGGAAGUGGACACUACUGAGCAAAUUCACAGACUAUUUUUGCAACCAGGUGAUGUCAUAUUCAUUCAAAGAUCCUGGACUUUAUGAACUCAGUCUGAAUGCUUCUAAUGAUGUAAGCUGGAAAUCAGUCACUAAGGUAAUUACUGUUCAGAACAGGAUAGAGGGCUUCACAGUCACCCUGAACAAAAAUGCUACAUGUCUUGGUGAUCCAGUUACUUUCCAUUUUGAUGUCAGACAGGGGACUGAUCCAGCAUUCUUUCUCAAUUUCACUUCUUUGCAUGUAGCCCACAAACUCUUGAAUGACACUUACUGUGCUUUUAUUCCGACUGUUGGUUUGCAUCAUGUGUUGGUAACUGCAGCAAAUAAUGUAAGCAGUCAGCUAUUUUCCACCAAUGUCUUAGUGACAGAGAAAGUUGAAGGACUUCAUCUUUCAAAUUGUUGCCCUUCUGCCAUGGAAGUUAAAAAAGAGUUGUUGUUACUUGCUGAAAUAAAAGCAGGGCUAAAUGUUACCUACAGCUGGCUUUUUCAUCUGUCUGGCUAUCCAGAUGUGAAAGCCAAAGGCAAGACAACCUCUUAUACACCAUUUGGUAGUGGGCACCUCUUGAUUAGAAUAGAAGCAAGCAAUGGUUUAUGUUCCAGCUGGUUACAGGAAGCCAUUUUAGUGCAGGAAAUAGUUACUGCUGCAAAGCUCACAACUAAUGACACCCGUGUUUUUACAAACCAAGUGGUUGUGUUCCAAGUCACAGUGAAAACUGGCAGUAAUAUUUACUAUGUCUGGAAAUUUGGAGACUCAGAUGAUGCAUAUGAUAAUCAUAACAGCACUGUCAUUCACCAGUACAGAAAUCCCGGUGAUUAUCAGAUUGAAGUGAAAGCAUACAAUAACAUUAGUUUUGCUGUUGCUAUGCUCACAAUAUCUGUAGCAAGCCUUAAGUGCACUCUACCACAUGUCUCUCUCUCAGCCCCUACUGGCACAAUUCUAAGAUCACAGGUGAACUACUUUGAAGCCAUUGUAGAUCUGAAGCGGUGCACUGCCUAUCGGGCAGUGUACCUAUGGGAAGUGUUUCAGUCUGACUGCAUGAAUAUGCUACACGUGAACCAGAUUCAUUUAGGGAAUGUGGAUACAGCAGGGCCAUUACUGAUUCUUCCAAGGCUUACCCUGGGUGUUGGCUCUCACUGUCUUCGAUUUACCAUCAGACUUCAGGACACCCCACUGUCUCAGACAGCAGUUGUAGGCAUCACUGUGCACCAGAGCAAACUUGUUGCUGUCAUCACAGGAGGAUUUAAUCGGAUCUGCUCUAUCUUUGAGGACCUUGUGCUCGAUGGAACAAAAUCAUAUGAUCCAGAUGUUGGGAAAGAAGAGGAUUCAAGCCUGGAGUACUACUGGCAGAUGGAAAAACAGAACCAAUCCUCUGUUCCCUACCUUCCUCUUGCUAACCAACACCAAGGGAGGCUCACUGUCAGCAGGGACUUACUGAGGAUGGGUAAGGUGUAUAUCUUUGCCCUCACUGUCAGGAAACCUGGGAAGGAGGCAGUCUCCACAGUCCAAAAGGUGACAGUGACAUCAGCUAAAACUAUCCCUGUCACACUGGAGUGCCAGUCAUGUGCUGCUCUCUCUAGUUAUGAAAUCAGUAGGAGCGUCCAUGUGACACUAUCCGGUCGAUGUGAGACCUGUGAUGGGAAUGCCCAGUAUAAAUGGGCUGCACAGAGUUCUGAUGGGGCUGUACUGAAGUUGGACAAUGUCACCACAUCAACAGGAGAUUCUAGCACCAAUCUUGUGAUCCGCCAGGGGGCCCUUCAAGAUGGCGUUAAUUAUACCUUCACUCUGACUGCUUUCUACUUAGGUCUGCAAGGAUCUUCCAGCAUUACUCUGAGUCCCAAUGAACCCCCAAGAGGAGGAGUUUGCAUCAUCCAUCCAAAUGCUAACAUCUAUGUUUUGGAGACUCCUGUUACAUACGAAUGCAAAGGGUGGAGUGAUGACAGCAGCAAUACAUCACAGCUGAUUUACUCAUUUAUAGUAAUGACCUGCACUCAUGACUUGGAAGGCUGCCAAAAGUAUUAUCUUUAUCGUGGAACAAAAUCUUCUUUUAGUGCAUUUGUGCCUUUGGGAGAUGAAGGCAGUAGAACAACCAUAUGUGUCUUGAUUGAGUUGGAGGACUUACUUGGGGCAAAGACCCUGGCACUCAACAGAACAUUGACUGUUUCUGUGCCAGAUGUACCCUUAGGGUUUCAUGGAGUUACUGAGUGGAUUAAGAAGAAAAGUGAAUCAGAUCUGUGGGGUGUUGUCCAGCGUGGUAAUCCACAGGAAGUUAUACCAUACUCCAUUGCUCUCAUAAGCACACUGAAUCAGGGUCAAGAGACCAGCCAGGAAGACCAAGCAGAAAGAAUUGCAAUCCGUAGGAAUGUCACUCGUGCUCUGACCUCAUUGAAUAUUAUCAGCAUUGAGGACGUCACACAGAUCAGCAGUGCCCUAGCACAAUGUGCGGCCCUUCCACAGGAGUUUGCUAGUGCAGAUCUUCAAGAAACAGUGCUGGAAGCUACAAGGAAAAUGAUCAGUGUCAUUUCCAAAGACACAGGACAAGGGACUGCCACUCCAAUCUCUGCAGGAAAGAGUAUCCUUCAGUUACUGGCUGGUUCAGUUGCAGCUCUAGGCUUUAAUGAGAGAGAAGGACGUCCUCCAGAUGACAUCGCAAAUACAGCUGUCACUGCCUUCAACCUCACCAGUCUGCUGAUGAAAUCUCUCAUGCAGUCUCGGGUUCAGAAUGAGGAAACCUUAACAAUUUUAGCCUCAGGAAUCAGCAUCCAAGGCAAAAGGACUUCUCCCACUGACCUGCUGUGCGGCUAUAAAUCUGAAGAGUGUCAUUUCCAUAUCCCUGACACAUUUUCCAGUCAACUUUUAGGAAAUCCUGAAGUUGUCCAGGUUCUCAUCCACUUUACUGUUAACCCCUUCUGCUUCAGUUUUGCCGACAGUCAUACAGUUUCGACCGCUUUAGCAUCACUUGAGUUCACAACACCAUCUGGGCAACAGAUCCCUGUGAGUAACCUGUCUGUUGAGUCAGCCAUUACCGUAAAGCUAAAAAGCAGGAAGACAGCUCGGAACUUUCAAGCUCCUCAUAUGACCAGCAUUCCAGUGCCACCAAGAGAUUCCGUAAACUUCACUGUCAAACCAGGCAGCACUGCUGCUGCUGUCUACGUUUCCAUUACCUUAAAUACAGAGCAAGACAUGGCUGAAGGCUCCGGUAUUAACGGUAAUCUUGAAUUAGAUUACAGAACUCCUGAACCAGCUAGAAGAAUUGAGAUAGCCGCCAAAAUACAUAGACCAAUCAGGUCUGUUUUAACAGAGAAUCAACCAACAGGACUACAUGGAGGAGGCGAAAGCCUACUGCAGAAGUUUAAGGCAUGCAUCAGGAAUGAGGAGAAUCCACUGUUCCUAUAUGAGGCUAACUGUGGCAAUUUAGCGGUUCCAGAAGACACAGCAGAACUGGAAGAGCUACACUUAGCCAUGGAUAAGCUGGAAGUUUCCAUGUAUGUUCAAGAGGAAGAACCUUUUGUUCACAUCUUUGUUCACUAUAAUCCAUUCCCAAAUGAAUUUCAGCAUAUGUGGAAGAAGGAGGUGGUCAUUUUUGGAGAGAAGUCUGAGAAGAAAAGGGAGCGCGUUGUCUUCCUAUCACCGCAGCACAAUGACACCAGAAGGGAUUACUAUGUGAACAUUACAAACUAUCUAUUCUCUGUGCAGAUUAAUGCCUCGGUUAUGGUUUAUUCUGCACUCUGCCAGUAUUUUGAUUUUCAGAAGAUGCACUGGAGUACAGAAGGUGUGAUACCAGUGGCUGUAGUAAAUCAAGAGGAAAUACUAUGCCGUACUGAGCACCUCACUGUCUUUGGGGCCAGUCUGUUUGUAGCCCCAGAUGCUGUAGUUUUCCUUCAUCCCGAUGGCAGGAUAACCAAGAACUACAUUGUAGCAAUAACUUGUGUCGUACUCCUGGCAAUCUACAUCAUAAUAGCCCUUAUAGGACACAAGCUCGACUACAUUGAUAUCAACCGAGUUGGAGUAAUACCUCUGUGUGGCCCAUCAGGUCGCUAUAAGUACAGGGUCCUAGUGAAAACAGGCUGGAGCAGAGGAUCUGGGACAACAGCGCAUAUUGGAAUCAGCCUAUAUGGAUUAAACAAGAGUGGAUCUCGGCACCUGGACAAAGAUGGUGCCUUUCAGAGAAAUAAUCUUGAUGUGUUUCAAAUAGAAACUGACGCCAACCUGGGUGAGAUCUGGAAAAUCCGUAUCUGGCAUGACAAUACAGGCCUUGAUCCCUCAUGGUUUUUGGAAUAUGUCAUUGUGUGGGACAAGCAGACGGACCACAUGUAUGUCUUUAUUGUGAAGGAUUGGCUGUCGGUGGAGAAUGAAAAGAAUGAAGGAAUGGUGGAAAAAGAAGUCCUAGCAGCAUGUCCUGAAGAACUGAAGCAGUUCUCUCAGAUUUUUCCUGCCCAGUUGCGUCAUGGGAUUUCCAAUGGGCAUAUCUGGUUGUCUGUAUGGGAUCGCCCUCCACACAGUCGAUUCACUCGUGUGCAGAGGGUCACAUGUUGCGCUGUACUUCUUUUUCUGUUCAUUAGUACCACCACAGUGUGGUAUGGUGCAAUUGGAGUUAAAAGUGAAGGGGUUCCUGUUGCAAGCCGGACACUUGUCAGCGGUGAGAGUCUGGCGGUAGGAGUUGUUGUUGCUCUGGUAUCGUUUCCUGUGUACCUGCUGUUUGACUUCCUCUUUAGAAGGACACAUAGUAAGGUGUUAGUUGAAGAUCCAGAGCCUUCUACAAUGGAGUCUCAGACCAUUGAAAUGGAUGUGUGCCUUGACCACUCUGACCUGGGUACUUCGUCCUUCCUCUCCAUACCUGGUGGACUAGACUCUGUUAUGGAUGUCAGAUCUGACAGCUCUAUGUCCCUGAGAAGUAAAAAGUUAGAUUCAGUGCUGGCGAUUUUGACCAAACAAGAUCACAAGACUUUUCUGCAAAACUGGCCAUCCUGUGACAGCAUGUUUGAAAUCCCUGAUCUGCUUUCCUCUGAUCUACUGUCCACAAGAUGUCACAUCCUAAAGAGAAAGAAAGCUUUGUUGAAGCUGGGAAUUGAGUCUCCACUGGCAUCUGAUGAAGAUCCUAUUGGCUUUUCUACACCAGCCUCUGAUGACAGCAGAAGGUCUACAGGAGACCAUCUGACACUGUCUGAGGAAGAAUUGCUAAAGUCCAUUAUAGCAGACAGCAAGAGAUGGGAUAUGUCUGACCAAAUUACCGCAGACAGUGGACGAUUUUCUUCUAGAGGAGAGACUGAUCUUAUUUCUGACAUCUUUGAAAGUUCCUGUGGUACCUGGUCAAACCUUAGUGAAGACUCAUGGGGCAGUUCUUUGCACAAGUCCUUUUCCUAUAUGUCAGCCAGCACCAUGUCAACAAGUUACCUACCUAGUCCAGAGCCACCAUUCACUCCAGUUUCAUCUUUUAACACUCGUAUAGGUGUUUCUCGUAAUGCGGACAAGUGGCUCUUUCCAAACUGGCUACUCUCGCUUACCUUCUUUCUCUGUUUCCUGCUACUGGUGAGCUGUAUUACUGUCACUGUGCUGUAUGGUGGCUCCUUCUCCAACUCUGUACUGCUGAUGUGGCUGGUUUCAAUUUUGUUCUCUUUUCUCACUUCAUUCUUCCUGCUGGAACCCCUUAAGGUACUUUUGGAAGCUAUAUUUGCUGCACUGGUUACUAAGCCAGUGAGCCCAGAGGAAGAUGAUGGUCUUAUUGAGGAACCUCUAGUUAAGAAAACAGUUGAAAGGAUCAGGAAGGUACGAGCACCCUAUGGAUAUGGUUUGUUACAGGCCAAGGAGGAAGCACGGAAAGUGAGAACAUUACGAUCACUAAUGAAGAACUGCAUUAUCCACAUGCUCUUCCUGCUUGUGGUCCUGGUAAUUAAUUACCAGAGCUGUUUCCGGGACACAAAUAUCCGACUCCUGCAUGUUUCUGUCAAGCAGUCCCUUGUCACAAGAGUCAGAAAUGGUUUGACUUUUACAGCAAUCAAAGGGUAUUCUGACAUGUGGUCCUGGAUGGAUAAUGUGCUUCUGCCCCAUCUGUACAACAACCCCAGCCUGACUCUGGUGGGGUCUGCACGUCUUCGGCAGCAGUGCUCCCUUGAAGGGCAUGAUUUUUCAUUAGCAGUGAAAUUUGGCCAUCAAAAUUAUUCUAUGGGCUUCCAUACCUGUACACAUCUUGUUUCUGAGGACCAAGAAGUAGACUUAGAAAACAAUGAUUUUGCACUUGACAUGGAUGUCAGUCACAGCCAGAAUUCCUCACCAGAUGUCUUUGGAAGUAGAUUCUGGUACUGGGGUGAACUGGGAAUCUACGAUGGUGGUGGGUACAGCCAACUCUUAGCAGCCAACACAAAUGGAACCAGAAGUCUGUUAAGAAAACUAGAAGCCUGCAAAUGGAUUAAUAGAAGGACAAAGGUGAUUUUUGUGGAGUUUUCUCAAUACAGUCCUCAUGUGGACUUGUAUGUGGCAGUGACCCUUACCUUUGAGUUCUCUCCUACACAGCUGGUAUUUGCCUCGUUCAGCAUUAGGCCAUUUCCUAUGUUGUGUUUCAGUGAUGGGCCAGACCUGAUACUUGUGAUGAUGGUGCUUCUGGUCAUCUUCAGCAUCAGCUUUUUGUGUUCGGAGAUAAGGGCGCUUUACCAUAAUGGAGUUGUACACCUCUGGCAGGGACAGACCUGCCUCUGCCUGCUGAUUGUAGCCCUUGGCUUUGCUGUGGCAGGCACUCACUUCAUUCGCAUCUGGCUCUCUGACAUUCACCUGAACCACUACAAGAGAAAUCCUGGCACAUUUACUAGCUUUCACACAGUAGCCUUCCUUACAGAUCUGGACAAUGCCCUUUCUGCAUUCUUGUUGACCAUUAUAAUACUAAAGCUUGUCAGGCAGCUGCGCUUUGUCCGAAGAUGGUCAGCAUUUGGGAAGACAUUUCAGCAUGCCAUUCCAGAGCUCACAGCAGCAGCAGCAAUGUUCCUUGUGCUAAUUGUCAUAUUCACACUCUGUGGCUGCCUCGUGUUUUCUUCAUCUGUACAAGACUUCAGCACCAUACCGCUCACAUUCUACUGGCUGAUCUCUUUACUGUGUGGGGCAGCAAAUCUUCAAGAGGUUACACAACAGAACCCAGUGCUUGGUCCAGUUUAUUUCCUCAGUUACAUUAUAUGUCUGUCAUGGAUUGGCAGGAGCCUCAUUUACGCAGUCGUGGUUCAAAGUUACAGGGAUGUCCAGGCUGAGAUGUACCGCCCAGCCAUUGAACCUCAGGACUAUGAGAUGAUCGAGUUCUUUGUGAAAAGAUUCAAGCUUUGGCUAGGUCUCAGCAAGGCAAAAGAGUUUCGUCAUAAGGUGAAGUUUGAAGGAAUGGAAUCCCUACCCUCACGUUCUUCUGCACAGACUAGAAUCUCUCAGUCUCCAAGUUCAGUCCCCGAGUUCCAGUGCUCUGGUUCCACCAUUUCAUCUGGAUCUAUGAGAUCAGACGACCUGAUCUUACCAGAAAGCCCUUCACUGGAGACAUCUGAAGUAGACUAUUAUCUGGAACGACUGUUGCCAACUGUAAACAGUCUCCUGCAGCACUUUGACAGAGUAAACAAAGCCUCUGAAGACUUGCUGCAGAUUGAGACAAACUUACAGCAAACCCAAAAGAGGAUUAAUGAAAAGAAAAAACAAAAGGCAGUGAAAGGCAAAACUGCGCUGGAGUGUAGCAGACUUCCAGCCACCAGAAGACAGACAGAGUUACCAAGGACAUACAGCACUUUUUCUGAAUCAGCAGUGGCAAGACUGAGGUGUCAGAGGAACCCGGCCUCAGAUUGUACAUUUUUUCAGCGGGUCAGGCCAGGUGUGGCAGCUGAUGCAAUGCAUCAAGGUUAUAGACGCAAAGCUUGGGCAGCUGGGCCACCACUUUCAGCAGAUGUCUGUCAGCGUCAUGCCCUAACAACUACUGCUUCAAACAAAUGGAGACCAAAGAGUGAAGAAGGGGCUGAGCGCUUGGGGUAUGACCAUCCUCGACUUCCCAUUAAGAAGAGGGCCUGGCAGCUUGAAGAAGUGAAAUAAACUUAUCCAGAAUGAAAUCAACCACCUGUAAGACUCCUAGUAGCAUGUUUCAUGUAAAUGAACUGAAUGAGUACAAGCAUGGGAACACCAUAUACUGUAUGGCAACGUGUUAUAUCCAUAUAUAGUCUGAGGCAUAUAUGUAGGGAAGAAAAUAUUCAUUCUCCUUCCUAGCAGUUAAACAUCUAUUCAAAGAGUUAUAUAGGAACAAAAAACUACACUUUUAAGUAUAGCAUGAGAUUUUGCAUACUAAGUAAAAAAAACACUACUAUUGAUCCGAUGGAAUGUUUCUGUCUUAUGCAUUUUUCAGCCGAAUGUUCAUCAUUUUAGAUAUUUGGUUUAGAAGGUGUUUUUGCUGCUAAAAGUUAGGUGCCAAAGUAAGCAGUAGAUUCUAGCUAAGGAAAAAAUGUUUCUAAAGCCUUAUGAAAAAAUGCAUUCCCUUUUAUGAGGCAGAUAUUCUUUACAGAUGACAAUGUGCAAAAUGCUGUCAUUUGUAUGUAGCCAUUAGUAAAAUGAUUUGAAAGAAAAUUUUAUAAGGAAUAUGUAACUUACGUUUUUCCUUACUUCCCCUGAAAGACUUGACCUAAAUAUUGGAGGUCUCUUUAUCUCACUAUACUGUGAGUAAAUUGUAUAUGAAAAGCAGUAUAUCAUCUGAAUGAAAGAUGUUUUAGUGCUGCACAAGAUAUCAUCAACAUGUCCACUAUUUCUGUCUGUUUUGGUAUUUCUGCACUGUUAUGAGUAUAUCCUUCACUAACCUAAAAACAGCUUCAGAUAACAGUCAGAUGAAUGUACCACACAGGACAAGUUUUGUUCAAAAAUCAUAUGAACAGCUGUAUUACUCUGUUAGAUUGUCGCUUGAAAUUACUACCCUCAAGAGGCAAAACACUUAUUUGUAUCUGACUUUGCAGUAUUGAAACACCAAAUGUGAAUCAAACCAAGUGAGAGUAAAAAAGUCUGCAGACCAAAUGAGUGGAGAAAAGGAACAGUAUGGUAGUGGUAUAACUGGACAUCACUUUCUAGGUAAAAGAAGAGUGCUAAAUGAUAUUGGCACAUACUGACUUACGUAGCAUGAGACAACUACCAAGUGGUAGACCUUAGUUUGUGCUGGUAACCAGUUGAAAUGUCAGGACCUGAUAGUGUGAGUCCCUAAACACAGAGACUGAAUGGCUGAAAGAACAGACUUACAUAUACUACGUCUGAGAUGCCAUUUCUCUGAAUAUUCCCUUUUCUCUGAUAAAUGACACUCUUGAAGUUGUUAUAUAUUGGGGGGGCUUGCUCCCCAAAUGAGGGCUGCAGGGGGGCUUGACCCCCCCCCUGCAAAAAGAGGUUUAAAGGAAAAAAUAAUUUGCAAGAUUCGCUCUUCUCCUGUGUUUUUGGUCCCUUUUUUUGGGCUUGUCAGCACUCCACAUUUCAAGUGCCGACAUUUCAACAGGGAGCCUUUUAUGCUUGAUGUGCGGUUUGCACUCCAGAUACUAAGGGAUAUGAUAUAUUUGGAGAAUGUGACAGAGAUGAAAGAAAGAAAUAGGCAAACAUGAUUAUGAUACUGUAGAGUAACACAAUUCAGCACGUCAGCGUAUGUUUUAUAUUAAACAAAAAAUGCUGAUGAAACAGUAACCAGUCCAUUUCAGUGACAGUCAAUAAAUAAUUACACAGCAACUGGCAGUUGGAGGAGCACUUUGAAAAAAAAAUAUAUCAAAUUGUCCUACCUGAUAAGUCUGCUACUGUUUCUUACAAUGGUAGCAUAAAUAUAAAAAAGUUACCUGAACCUCCUCUCCCAAUGACAGGGUUUGCCUCCACACCUCUGAUCUCUACAUAUACUGCCUCAGAGGUUGCACCCGCUUAGACACAGAGGAAAUAAGUUAAUGCACUUCUCCCCAAGUUGAUUUGGCCUUAGUAUAUUUAGAGAUCAUGAAUACGUGGGUAGCAUCCCCACAUUAGUGAUGCAUGUAAUGCAGCCUCAACAUCAAAAUGUAAGUACGACACCAUUGGCAUAAUAUACUGCCAUGCUCAACUAGCAGUGGUAAACUUCACUGAGGUAAACCAUGAAGGAUAUAUUUACUGACAGUAGACCCCUUCCAACUGAUUGAUUUUGCGAAAUGACACCAAAUGCUGAUGAAGAAAAAAUUAGGAGAUUUGAGAUUGUGACAGUUGCUCGCAUCUGUUUAAUGUAACUGCAAUCAUUAAAGACCUUUGCUAAACUAAGGAUGACCUACCAUUACUGCUUUUUCCAUAAUGCAACACAUAGGUUCAUAGGUUCAUAGAAGGUUACUAGGCUAAUGGCCCUAGGGCCUUUACAAGCUUAGCCAUGUUAUACCCAUGUUCCCUAAAAGACCUUGGUUAGAUGGUCAUUAUUCCCACAGUGAGUAUAUGAUCAGCACUAACUGCCCUAGUCCCUGAGGGGCAUAGGUGCCAUUUCCAGGGUGAAUUUACAGCCUCCCAUCCAAUUGUCUAGGUUGCACUUGAAUAGGGCUAUUGAGGAGCUCUGCUUCACAUGAACUGGGAGUUUCUUCCAGAGGAGCAGAAAUCUCUUUGAGAUAUAUCUGUCUCAAGCAUGCUGUAUUAAUGUCACAGGCUAGGUUGAGAUCCCUGGAGCGAGUGACUCUUGCCCAUUUGAUUGGUGGAUGUGCAGCAUUU